GAAGGUCUAUAUACGCAACUAGCAUUUGAAGAAGCACCCAUAUGUUGUAGUGUCGUGCGGUCGCACUACUGAUGACGUUGAAUGCUCCCGGAAGUGGUCCGUUGCGCCUGUCUCCCCCACGUGUGGGCCAGUGUUGGUACUUGUAGUGCACGCACGGGCCGAGCUGAGGGCUACCUUUAUCCCAACACAGGACAUGGAGCAUCUACAGCUCAGCUUGCCCGGCUUGGGCGCAAUCGCCCAAAGGAGUGGAGGAGAGCUCAACAAAUUUCUGUCCAAACAGGUAUGGAAUCCCCAAGACAGAGAUGCCAUCCUUGGAAUUCUUUCCCAGUUACUGUUGGACAAGGAAUGCACACUGCUGAUUGGUCGCCAGCUUAGACCUUUGCUUCUGGAUCUGUUGGAGAGGAAUGCAGUGUCUAUUAAAUCAGGAGCACAGAUUAAUCAUGAUUUACAUGAGCGAUUAUGUGUAGCCAUGAGCAGAUUGGUCAGCAGCUGUCCUGAUGUUCUGCCGUUUUCAUUGAAGUAUUUUAGAAAUGCCUCCCCAGUUUUCCAAAGGCUUUUCUUGGAAAGUGGUGAUUCAAGUACUGUCCGUUAUGGUAGAAGAAGAAUGAAACUAAGAGACUUGAUGGAAGCGUCCUACAGAUUUCUUAAACAGGAUACAUUUUCUUUUCGAGAGAUGUGGGAUUGGAGUGUCUGUGUGCCUUUGCUUAAAAGUCAUGACUUGACUGUUCGUUGGUACACCGCUCAUUGCCUAUCCUUAGUAACUUGCAUGUGUGAUGAAAAUAAACAGACCUUUCUGAAAAAACUAUUUACUGCAGAAGAGCUAAUUCACUUUAAACUUCAGAUGGCUGAUGAACUCCAUUCCCAGAAUAUUGAGAGAAGCCUUUUGCUGGCUAAUCCUGAGACAGAAAUGUGGCACAGAGAGAAAAGCCAGCAGUACACAAAAGGCCAAAUUGUGUCCAGUGACCUAUGUUCCAGUGUUGUGUCAGUGUGCGGAGUAACGUUACCUAAGAAAAUGCUGUCAGAACAGGGUCAGGACAAGAAUGUUCGCCAGUUGGUGUUGGUUGAGUCUACUUGUAGGAGUCUUCAUAACCUAGCUCUAGCAGUUUCUUAUCAGAACGCUGUGCUCUUGGAAGGACCAAUUGGAUGUGGAAAAACUGCCUUGGUGGAGCAUUUAGCCACGGUCACCGGCCGUCUCAAACCACCUGAUAUUCUAAAAGUUCAACUUGGGGAUCAAACAGACAGCAAGAUGUUACUGGGAAUGUAUCGCUGUACAGAUAUCCCCGGAGAGUUUGUUUGGCAGCCUGGAACCUUAACUCAGGCUGUGUCCAAUGGGCACUGGAUCGUUCUGGAGGAUAUUGAUUAUGCUCCAUUGGAUGUGAUUUCAGUGUUAAUUCCAGUUCUGGAAAGUGGAGAAUUGUUGAUUCCUGGAAGAGGAGACUGUAUAAAAGUUGCACCUGGAUUUCAGCUUUUUGCCACUAGAAGAUUACUUAGCUCUAGUGCUGGGACCUGGUAUCGACCACAAAACAGCCAUGCUACAUUACUGGACAAACAUUGGACCAAAAUUCACAUGGAUAAUAUGAACAGAGAGGAACUAAAAAAAGUCCUUCAGGAGCUCUAUCCCAAAUUGAAUUUUGUAAUAGACCGAUUACUGGAUAUUUACAUACAACUCACCGGAGACAAGCAUACAGCCACAUCCUUGCAUGUCUUUGAAGGAACCGAAGGUUCAGAAGAACCAAAAGCAGAUGAAAAAAAAUCUAAUCUUGAAGGACGAGGUUUAUCGCUGAGGGAUUUGUUGAAGUGGUGCAACAGGAUUGUAUACUCCUUUGAUGGCACCUCUGCUGACUCUGCACUCAACAUAUUUCAUGAGGCCUUGGAUUGCUUCACAGCUAUGCUUUCUAAGCCUGCUGCCAGACUCAAGAUGGCAGAAGUAAUUGGAAGCCAACUAAACAUUUCAAAACAAAAGGCAGAGUACUAUUGUCAGCUUUAUAAACCAGAUGUUGCUGUACAAGAUCUCCAUGUCACUGUUGGAAGGACUGAAGUAAUUAGAAAGCAAGUGGAGACCAUUCACAUUCACAGGGAAAACAUCACCUUUGCAGCAACACGUCCAUCCUCUUUGUUGAUUGAACAGCUUGCUGUGUGUGUUAACAAAGGGGAGCCUGUUUUGCUAGUGGGAGAAACUGGCACCGGAAAGACUUCAACUGUUCAAUAUCUUUCUCACAUUGCAGGUCAGCGCCUUCGCAUUGUGAAUAUGAACCAGCAGAGUGAUACUGCAGAUCUGUUAGGAGGCUACAAGCCUGUGGAUCACAAGCUGAUUUGGCUUCCUCUCAGGGAGGUUUUUGAAGAGCUGUUUGCACAAACGUUUUCUAAGAAGCAGAACUUAACAUUCCUUGGUCAUAUUCAGACCUGCUACCGACACAAAAAGUGGCAGGACUUGCUUAAACUAAUGCAACAUGUCCUGAAGUCUGCAAUGAAUAAGAUGCAAGCUGGAGAGACAGAGCCCCUUUUGCUAGAAAAAUGGGAAGGUUUCUCUCUUCGCCUGAACCAAGCCCAGCAGCAAAUGAAGAUGACGGAAAAUGCAGUGCUUUUUGCGUUUGUGGAGGGCAUUCUUGCUCAAGCAGUAAAAAAAGGAGAGUGGAUUUUACUGGAUGAAAUUAACCUGGCUGCUGCAGAGACACUGGAGUGCUUGUGUGGUUUACUUGAGGGGUCAUCUGGAUCACUGGUUUUACUGGACAGAGGGGACACAGAACCCCUUAUUCGCCACCCAGAUUUCCGAUUGUUUGCCUGUAUGAACCCAGCUACUGAUGUAGGGAAACGCAAUCUCGCACCUGGAAUAAGAAACAGAUUUACUGAGCUUUAUGUGGAAGAAUUGGAAAGCGAAAAUGACUUGCAGAUUCUCAUCACUGAUUACUUAAGAUGUGUCAAUGUGGGCAAGGUUAUUGUACAAGGAAUAAUCAGCUUUUACUUGACUGUACGCAAGAAGACUAAUUUAGGUUUGGUGGAUGGCACAGGUCAUAGACCCCACUACAGUCUGCGCACUCUAUGCAGAGCUCUGAGAUUUGCCUCAUCAAACCCUUGUGGUAACAUCCAGCGCUCUCUGUAUGAGGGAUUUUGCCUCUCUUUCCUCACACAACUUGACAGAUCCUCCCACUCCAUAGUCCAGGCAUUGAUUUGCCGUCACAUUUUGCAGGGAAACCUCAAAAAACUAAUUAAGCAGCCUCUUCCAGAGCCGCAUGGAGGAAGGUUUGUCCAGGUAGAAGGAUACUGGAUACCAGUGGGAGAUAAAGACCCAGCUAUUGAUGAAUCCUAUGUCCUAACUUCCUCUGUGAAGCUAAACUUGAGAGAUCUUGUUAGAGUUGUCUCUGCAGGGUCUCAUCCAGUACUUAUUCAGGGAGAAACCUCUGUAGGCAAAACUAGCUUAAUCCGUUGGCUGGCUUGUGCAAGUGGGAACCAUUGUGUGCGAAUUAACAACCACGAGCACACAGACAUCCAGGAGUACAUAGGCUGUUACACGUCUGACACUUCAGGAAAACUUGUUUUCCAGGAAGGUGUUCUAAUUGAUGCUAUGAGGAAAGGUUACUGGAUCAUCUUGGAUGAGUUGAAUUUGGCACCAACAGAUGUACUUGAGGCUCUAAACAGAUUGUUGGACGAUAACCGAGAACUUUUUAUCACCGAAACCCAGGAAGUGGUAAAAGCACACCCUAGGUUUAUGCUUUUUGCCACUCAGAAUCCACCAGGCAUUUAUGGCGGCCGGAAGGUGUUAUCAAGGGCAUUUCGCAACAGAUUUGUUGAGCUACAUUAUGAUGAAUUACCAAGUGCUGAACUGGAAUCCAUUCUUCACAAGCGUUGCAGCCUUCCUCCCUCGUACUGCAGCAAGUUGGUUGCUGUCAUGUUAGAGCUCCAGGCAUAUAGAAGAGGAUCUUCAGUGUUUGCAGGAAAGCACGGUUUCAUAACCUUGAGAGAUCUUUUCAGAUGGGCUGAACGGUACAGAUUGUCUGAACAAACAGUGGGAGAUUAUGAUUGGCUUCAGCAUUUGGCAAACGACGGAUUCAUGCUUCUGGCAGGGAGAGUAAGGAAACAAGAGGAAGUAGAUGUUAUCAUUAAAGUUAUAAAGAAAUGUUUCAAGAAGAAUGUGGACCCACAGAUUAUUUUCUCAGAAGAAAAUGUGCAAAAGCAGCUAAGUGAAUUAUCAACUCGGAAUAAUGAUAUGGAUCAAAAAUUCUCUCACAUUGUAUGGACAAAAGGAAUGCGAAGACUGGCCAUACUUGUUGGUCGAGCUUUAGAGUUCGGUGAGCCAAUUCUUCUGGUUGGCGAUACAGGGUGUGGCAAAACGACCAUCUGCCAGCUGUUUGCAGCUUUGUCCGAUCAACAUCUGUAUUCUGUCAAUUGUCAUCAGCACAUGGAGACUUCGGAUUUCUUGGGUGGAUUGCGUCCAAUUAGAAAUAGGUCAAAAAACAAUGAUGAUGUGGAAAGUUCCAGGCUAUUUGAGUGGCAGGAUGGGCCACUGGUAUUGGCUAUAAAAGAUGAUGACUUUUUCCUUAUGGAUGAAAUUUCUCUGGCAGAUGACUCUGUAUUAGAGAGACUCAACAGUCUUCUUGAAAUGGAAAAGACAUUGGUCUUGGCUGAAAAAGGAAGCAGUGAUGAUGAGCAUGAUGUUGAGCUGUUAACAGCUGGCAAGAAUUUUAGAAUUUUGGCCACUAUGAAUCCAGGAGGAGACUUUGGUAAAAAGGAGCUCUCUCCAGCCCUGCGUAACAGAUUCACAGAAAUCUGGUGUCCACAAAGUAAUGACCGCUGCGAUCUUGUUGAAAUCAUCAAACACAACUUAAAUCCUGGGCUGUCUUUGAGCUCUUCUCAUUUCCACAGUGCUAACAUAGCUGACCUCAUUAUGGACUUCAUUGAGUGGCUGACAAACCAAGAUUUUGGACGUCGCUGUAUACUAAGCAUCCGAGAUGUAUUGUCGUGGAUACAUUUUAUGAAUGAAACGACAACCAUAAAAGACAAGGCAGAUGAAAUUAAUCUUAUUGAUUCUUGCCUCGAUACAGUUACAGCUUUUCUUCAUGCAGCAUGUCUAGUAUAUAUUGAUGGUUUAGGUUCAGGAACCACUUUUUGCUCUGCUGAAUCUGCUCUCUUAGCCCGACAAGAAUGCAUGCGUUUCCUUAGUGAAAAGCUCUCUGGAAUUGUUAACAUUAAUGAAGAUUUGCUGUCUGAGUUAAAAAUGUAUGAUCGGGCUAAACAGAGACCCAUAUCCUGGCUUGAAAACUUUUUUGGAAUCCAUCCUUUUUAUAUACCGAGAGGUCCUGCUUUCCAAGAAGAGAAUAUGGAUGACUAUGCCCUCAAUGCAGAAACUACAUCCAUGAAUGCACAAAGACUUCUUCGAGCCUUGCAACUCCACAAACCCAUUCUGCUUGAGGGCUCACCAGGUGUAGGAAAAACCAGUCUUGUCACUGCAUUGGCACAAGCCUCUGGGCACUGUCUCGUCCGUAUCAACCUUUCUGAACAAACGGAUGUUACUGAUUUAUUUGGCACGGACUUGCCUGUUGAUGGUGGAAAAGGGGGUGAGUUUGCCUGGCGCGAUGGACCUCUUCUUUCUGCUUUAAAGGCUGGGCACUGGGUUGUCCUUGAUGAACUCAAUCUAGCCUCACAGUCCGUAUUGGAGGGCUUGAAUGCUUGUUUUGACCAUCGUGGUGAAGUGUACAUCCCUGAGCUUGGAAUGAGCUUCCAGGUGAAACACGAACAAACAAAAAUCUUUGGGUGCCAGAACCCCUUUCGUCAAGGAGGAGGCAGAAAGGGACUCCCUCGCUCUUUUCUCAACAGGUUUACACAGGUUUUUGUGGAUCAACUUUCUGUUUCUGACAUGGAAUUCAUUUCAAAUUCACUAUUUCCUGCCAUUGACAAAGCUACUAUUACUAAAAUGGUUGCUUUCAAUAACCAGAUUGACCAGGAAGUAAUGGUUCAAAGAAAAUGGGGUCAGAAAGGAGGACCAUGGGAAUUUAACUUGAGGGAUCUAUUUAGAUGGUGUCAGUUCAUGCUGGAGGAUCAAUCUCAUGGAAACUAUGAUUCAUCACAACAUGUUUUUCUUGUCUAUGGAGAGAGAAUGAGAACUAAAGAGGAUAGACAAAAGAUAAUUUCAAUAUACAAGGAAGUAUUUGGUCAGGAAUGCAAGCCUUACAUGGGGACACGCCAAUUUCACAUCAUGCCUCAAACCUUGCAGAUUGGAUACUCUGUUCUCGAGCGUAGUAUUGACUUUAAUACAGCCUGGGUCAGAGACCUGCGUCUCCUUCACUGUUCACUUCAGUCACUUGAACCUAUUAUGAAGUGUGUACAGAUGGACCAGAUGGUUAUCCUUGUGGGUCCUGCAGCUGUAGGCAAGACCAGCCUCAUUCAACUCUUAGCUCUUUUAACAGGAAACAAACUCAAGGUUAUGGCUAUGAAUAGUGCUAUGGAUACUACAGAGCUCUUGGGAGGCUUUGAACAGGCUGACAUUAACAGACCAUGGCAGCAGCUUCUGGAUCGAGUUGAAAAUGCCGUGACUACAUUAGUGAAGAACUGCCUCUUGACUUCAGAUGUCUCUCCAGAUGACACAGAGGCCCUACUGCGUUCUUGGAGCAAUUUGAAUCUGAAUCACAAACCCAAGUCUGUUGGAGAAGGUGGCAGGGGUAUAACUACAGAUCUGCUGAACAAACUUGAAUCUGUUCUUUUGUCAGUCCAAAGACUUAACAUGAAGCUCAACGCCUUUUCUAAAUCAGAAUUUGCAGUAAUUGUAGGACAGUUCAACAAUUUUAAGGCACAGCUCUUGCAUUCCGUGGAAGGACAAAGCAGUGGAACCUUUGAGUGGGUAGAUGGCAUGUUGAUACAAGCCUUGCAGUCAGGGGACUGGUUACUUAUGGACAAUGUUAACUUCUGCAAUUCCUCUGUGCUGGAUCGCUUAAAUGCUUUGUUAGAACCUAGAGGAGUUCUUACGUUGACUGAACGAGGAGUGAUCGAUGGAUUAACCCCAACAAUUAAGCCUCAUCCAAACUUUAGGUUGUUUCUUUCAAUGGAUCCUUUGCAUGGGGAGAUAUCCAGAGCCAUGAGAAAUCGUGGCAUUGAAGUGUACAUUUCUGAGGAAACUAGCGGUACCCUGAUGGAUACUUUUGACAUAAAGGCAUUACUUCAUGGUGCUGGCAUAGUUGGAGAGAAAGUAUGUGAUGCAUUGAUAGCAGUUCACUCAGAAAUUCAGGAAAAAGUGAUGGGUUCCAUAGGCAGCUCUCGUUCCUCAUUGCUUCAUGCUGCCACACUUGUAUCCCAGCAACUACAGCGAGGUAUAGGUCUUCAAAAGGCUUUUCACAGAGCAUGCAAUGAGGUUUAUAUCUAUACUCAACACACCCCAGCAAUUCAAAAGCAAGUCCAGGAGAUUAUUUCAAGCAAGGUUUCUGCUUUUGCAAACACGCAUGGAGAUUGUUUGCUAGCCCCAGGGCUUUGGCCUGAUUCCGUACCUUCAGCCCUCCUUUCUACAGAGGAUUCUCUUAUGUCUACUGUACUAAGAGAUGGACAAGUCCUCCUAUAUGUUUUGAACAGACAUAAUUUACGAAGUAGCAGGACAUUUCCAUUAACUCUGCAAGAUCUCCAACAGACUAGCCAGAGCUGCCCUGCAGAUAAUGUCCAAUUUAGUGGCAUUGAAUUGGAAGUGAAUUGGAUGGACAACCCAUUAGUUGUUUCACACGGUGUCCAACUAGUGGUUGAAAAAGCAUCGUCGCUUGAUUGGAUGCUAAGAGCUCGAUGGCUUUCCCACCUAUCCAUGAAAUUGCCUUCAAGACUGGGAAAUCUGCAUUUAGAGAUUGAUGCAGGGGGGCAUGCUUUAGGGCGUCUCUAUGCUAGCUCUCUUCCUGAAGGAAUCUGUGAUGUGAUGAAACUCCUCUAUACAAACAUUUCUUAUGAAAAUUUUGUGCCAUUCGACCCACGUUGGAACAUGCAAUUCAUGGAUAUUGUGAAACAUUCACUCGGCUAUGGUAAAGGGUCUGCAAAUUCGAAGCAACUACUUGCCCUAUUGGAGAGCUCCGUAAACAGGGCAGUACUACUACUGAACAGGGAAGUGAAAAUGUACUUUGAAGCAAGUGACCGCCAAAAAUUGAAACAGAAGAGUGCCUUAAAAGUUGCUGUGGAAUUCCAUAAAGAUCCCGGUGUCUAUCAGGAUCUCCCUCACCCUGUGGUGGCACACCUUGCUGCAUUCUUUGACCUCUGGGACAUGUUGGUGUAUGAGAACAUCAAGUCAAGUAAUUCUCACCUGACAAAUGAUGCCACAGAUGAGGUGCUGUCAUCUCUUAAAUGGCGCGAUCGUUUCAGGGCAGUGUCUGAAACUGUGACUUUAGACACUGCAGGUCUAGCUCUUCUAACACUACACUGGCACUGGAUUGUGAAGCAUAUGCUAGACCAGAUUACACAAAUCUUCAAAGGACAUGAACAUCAAAUGUUGUCUCAGGAAGCCCAGUCUGUCUCCAUGCAUAUUCAAGACAUCCUUUCCAACCCUAAUGAAACACCAGUCAGUGUGAAGUUAUUGCAGAAAGUAUUAGGAAGACCUCUACCUUUUAAGGAUGAGAUGGUGGUGCAGUGUGCAGAGAAACUAAAAGCUAUCUGUUCUUCAUUGGAUAUUGUGGAUCUACGGCCCGUUAAAGGAGAGAACAAGUGGCAGCAGGAAAUGUGUAGGCUGAAGUCUGUUUGCACAGAUUGGAAAACCAAAACCAAUUUGCUUGAAGUCUGGGGUUCUGUCCUUCUAGCCAAUUAUCAGGAAACCAUCAACACUGAUGAGCUCAUGAUGUCUGUGGAGUCCCUGAAUGCACAUUUGAAGAAAUGUGGGAUAACUCUCAAUUCAACAAGGGAAGCAAAUUGUGAGGAUUCAGUUUCAGCACAGAUGGACACUGAAAAUCUGAAUUCACUUGCAAGAAGAGUUCAGUUGUGGCCUAUCAUGGAUUAUCUGAUGCUACUUUGGAAACACAAAGUGAUUACAGAUCUCUUGUCACACACUUACUAUGCAAGGAAGAACAUGCAGUCUGAUCUGUCCCAGCUUGUAGCAUUUUGUUUGAAGCAAACAACCUGUAAUGCACAGCAACUUCGAGCAUUUUGGUACCUUAAACAUAACCCAGAGGUGACUUCAGAAUAUGUUACAUUAUUGUGGUCAGAACUGGUGUGUAAUGUGUUAUCAUUAUCCUGGAAUAGUACCGUAACCACAGAUCCAGAUUAUUGGUCAUCUUGGAAACCUAUCUCUUGUCCGGAAGAAGUGAAAGCUCCUGGAAUUCUUAGGGGACCUUCUGUGAAGGGCCCUGGUAUUUUAAGCAAAGCUGUGUUCUCAAAAUGCUUCUGUGAAGUCCUGACGAGCAACAGCAAUGCAGUCCCGUGGGAUGUGAAUGGUCUCGGGGCCCUCUUAUUGUCCCAUGUGUCAUUAGGAGAGAGGGUCGAAAGAAUGUACCAGCUACAUGAAAUCACUUCUGCACUUUGGAGUAACAUGUCCUUCUCUUCUAUGGCUAGCUUUGGGAGCACAGAUUCUAGACUACAAGGCCUUAUUCUGUAUCAUCAUUUUGUUGCCCUGAAAGACAUUGUUCCGCAAAACAUUCAGGAGGAGUACCUACAAUACUGUGAUCAUCUUCCCACCAAAGAUUUGUCUGCUUAUCAUUACAUUCAGGACAUUCUCCAAGACUGGAGCAAUCAGCAAACAUUUCCACCACAUAUCCUUAAACUCUGGUUGACUUGCUUGCAGCAGUUUUAUGCUGAGGCUGACGGUACAAUGCAGACAACAGAAUCUGCCCAUCGUGGAUCACUGUGGGUUAAUAUGGGCUUACUACAAAUUCACAUCUGGCUGCCACAAACCAAGUUUGACCCUGCAGCAAAGAGGGAAUACAAACUUAAGUAUGCUAAAGAAGAGAUACUUGAACUGGAGAGUGAAUGGAAGACACGGAAUUGGUCAUGUAACCUCCUGACGGGAAAAGAACUUGAUGAUGAGAAUGUGAGCAACCAUGUCCAUCCACGCAUCAGGACACUACUUGAUAAAAUACAAGAACUGAAAAGACGCAUAACAAACCUAUCCAAAAAACAGGCUUUCCGUCCCAAGAGCCCAACAUAUGACUCUUUGUAUCAGGAUAUCCAUCACUACCUCACAACUAUUGCAAAGGUUUCUUCAGUGCAGGACUUUGCCUCCAGACUCCUAAAAGCCCUCAGCGGGAAAGGAACUAAAUCACGGCCAAAUCUUCUAAAUCUACUGUCUGAGGAGGCUACAUGGCAGAGGUCUCAUCAUCAAUUCAGGAAACGUUUGUCGGAGGAGUACUCUUUGUAUCCUGAUGUGAUUACCACUCUGUUGGCAGCCAUUUUGCAAAUGCAACAUGGCAUGAGGCUAAUCGCUUCAGAGGUGUAUACAAACAUUAACAGUGCUCUGAUUUCCCCAAGUAAAAUAACAAAUCUGGUCACUUGUCUCUCUGCCUUCCCAUCCACCUCAGAAUCUUUUCCAACGUACUUCUCACAUGCAGAUACUUUGUGUUCUGUGGGUUCUCUGGACAUUCUGAAAAGUCUCAAAAAACUUUCCCAGAAAUACACCUCAAAAGACAAACCUGUAGGAAUGGACUUAAAUUACUGCCUUACUAAAGAGCAGCUGCUGGUGAAUGGUUUGCUUUAUCUCCGCUCUCAUGUCCUAUCUGCGGGAGAAAUGGAUCCAGAAACCUUAAAUCUGUUCAGACAUGUAUGCCAGGCCAUAGUCAAUGAGUGGGACGAGCAGGAACAAUGUGCACGUGAAAGGGAGCAGCAAGAGACUAGUCUGUAUAAAUACAGAAGUAAGUCCCAUGGUACAGGGCUCACUGAGGAUGAGGAGGAUGAAAGAGAGUUCCGCCAGAGAUUUCCACUCUAUGAACGGGACUUUGCAGAUGUCACUGCUCUGCCCAGCCUUGAAGAACAGAUGGACACAGAGGAAAAGGUGGAGCAGGAAACUACAACCAAUAUCCUGGUGUCUCAAAGUUCAAUGCAGAAAGUGAUGUUUAUACACCAAGAGCUGUGCCUCGGCACAGCCAGGUCUCUCUGGUACCACCAAAAUAUACCACCACAUGAAGCAAAACAUUACCUCAAUGUUUUCCUCUCCUGCUACCAGACCAGUUCUACCCUGAUAGAACACAUGUACCCCUUAUUGGGUGCCGAGCUUAAUGACCAUCUUCUUGGCAGCCAGAUGUUUGCCAGCACAAUCCUGCAGAAUACAGUUUCAGGGAAAACCACUUCAAACCUCAUACUACAACAUGAAAGUUCUUAUGACUUUUAUCAACAUCCCAACAUUCAGCAAGUCCAGCAAUGCCAGGAUGUACUGCAACGAUUUACUAAAGAAGUAAACAGAUUAUUAGAAGACUGGCCAGAGCAUCCUGCUUUGGUACAGAUAUUGGUUAUAAUUGACCGAAUCCAGCGAUUCCCACUUUCCAGUCCCCUUGCCAAAUUCCUAAAUGGUUUAGAGAUUCUUCUUGCGAAGUCUCAGGAUUGGGAAGAAAACACCAGCCGCACCAUGUCUUUGAGGAAAUAUCUUGAUGAAGUCACCCAGUUAAUCAUCCAGUGGCGUAAACUGGAGUUAAACUGCUGGUCUUUGAGUCUUGACAACGUAAUGCAACGAUAUGCACUUAAAUCCACAAAACAUUGGUUCUCACUGUAUCAGAUGGUGGAAAAACACAUGCAAGACUGCCAGGGGGAAGAAAAUAUUGAAGAAAUGGCAUUGGAAUCCAUAGCAAAAACACUGCAAGAAUUUAUUGAAGGAUCCACUCUGGGGGAAUUCAGUACACGUCUCCAGUUGCUGCUGGUUUUCCACUGCCAUGUAUUGCUCAUGCCUCAAGCAACUGGCAAAGGCCUUCUUUGUAGUGUGCUGUGGAAUCUGUACAAUUAUUACAAGCAAUUCUUGCCAUCUGUCCAAGCAAGAAUCACACAAUUACGCAGUCCUUUGGAAAAAGAGCUAAAGGACUUUGUAAAAAUAUCCAAGUGGAACGAUGUCAGUUUUUGGUCUGUGAAGCAGUCAGUGGAAAAGACUCACAGAACCUUGUUUAAAUACAUUAAGAAGUUUGAAGGCACCCUAAGUGAACCUUGCUGCCCUGCCCUCACUGAAAGUGUCCAGGAAGAGAAAUUAGAUUUUGUUGACAACCUGAAAGAAGCUGAUGUCAAGAGAAACCCAAUACAGCAACUGAAUUCAGUUCUAAAGACCUCAUUAACUGGAGCAGGCAACAUACCGAUCAUGUCUGGAGAGAUCUUUUCAGCAGAUUCUCUUCAGAGUCGUCUACCAAAGUUAACUAAGCGCAUGAAGAAAUUGUGUGCCGAGUACAUAAAAAAAAGCUGCAUGCCCAAUCUGUUUGAAGACCUCAAUGAAUUUACAGAUGGCAUCAUCAGCUCUGUGGAAGACCUCCAAAAGCUAUCAAUAGACCAAUCUGCAGAAAAGGAAAAGCAGAAAUCUGAAGCCAAACACAUACUAAUGCAGAAACAGAGGGCAUUGGCAGAGCUUUUCAAAAUGCUUACUAAAACUGGUUUGUCUUAUAGGAAGGGUCUUGCAUGGAUGAAAACCAAACCUCUCCAGGACAUGCUUAGUCUCCUUCCUCUUGACUUGCACUGUGCUAUGGCUAAAUCAAAGAAAAAUCUGAAGAUUAAUGCUAUGUUAAUUACUGAGCUCUGCAUGACUUGGGAUGGGUGUCAGAAAUAUUUCUACAGGUCUCUUGCACGAAACUCGAAGUUGGAGGCAGCAUUUGCAUCACCUGCCAAGGAACUUGGUUUGGGAAACAUAGAGCGAUGCAAAGGUUUCACUGGUCACCUUCUCAAAGUCCUUAUGAAGCAGAGGAGCUCCCUCACUAAUGUUACUGAACAGUGGAUCAUUCUCAGAAAUCUGUUGAGCAGCAUGCAAGAAAUAAGCUCCCAACUGAGUGUAGACGACUACAAGAUCUCAUUCCCACCGCAGGAAGCAAUGCAGCAAUGGGUUGACAGGUUGCAGCAACUUUCCAUGCAGUGUUUGACCGUAGUAGAGCAGUUCUCUUGGUUUAUUGAAUGUUGUCCAUCAAGAGAGACAUCCGAGUCCAAUAUGCUGCAGAGAAGUGGAGGUGAAGCGGAAAAUCUGAAACUCGAGUCUACACCUAUGGAAUUCUCUUUAUCUCCUUUGCAUGACUACCCAUCUCCUGUAGCUGCAGAUUGUCUACCACCAGCUUGCAAAAUGCGGAGGCCAGACAAGGAGUGGGGGGAGUUGAACUCAUCAGUAACCAAGAUACUAAGUGAGAUUAAAGCCACAAAAACUGCAGUGGACCAGAUCCGAGCGCAAACUCAUGAGACGUUGCUCUAUUCUUGGAAGGAUUUUGAGGUCUGCUCCUCUGCACUGGACAGCAUGCAGCAAGUUGCAAUCGACUUGAGGGAAGUGGAGACUCUGUUUGUCCUGCCUGAUACAGAUGUGAAAGAGGCAGCGCAGCAUAUGACAUUCCUAAAGAGUCUCCUUUAUAUUAGAGAAGAAAUCCGUGUUGCCAUGAAGGAAUUCAGCUUGUGGAAAUCUCGCCUGCAGGCUAUUGGCAGAGCAAAGAGGAAACAAGAGUCUGAUGAGGCUUAUGUGGAGGAUUUUUCAUCACAAGUGGAAUCAACCAUCAAGUCUGUACUUUGUGCCAUCCAGAACCUUCUAGAGAAAAGAAGUGAUGAGAAAAUGAACACAGAGGCUGCAGGUGUUGAUGGAGAGGAGGAAUCUCUCCAGGAAGGUCUUGUUACCAGAUUGCUGACUGAAGAUGUCUGCAGAGACCUGAAAGUUUUGCAUGUGUCCAAUGUGAUCUCCUCUGUCUCUGAAUUAAUGGACAGGCUGAAAGCUUAUGGGGAGGAUUGCAUAAAAGACAAGCACACAUAUUUCAACCAAUGCUGUGGUUUACUGGUUCGUCUUUGGCCAAUGCUGUCUGUCUAUUCAGACCUUGUAUUGUUUUACCUCACUGUAUCGCUGGCAACACACAGAAGUACAGGAAAACUUAUCUCUGUGUUAAGUCGUCUGUUCACUGAGCUAGCUCAGAAGGGAUUUUGUGUCCCUAAGGACCUGAUUGAAGAAGAACCAGGCGAGGGAGCUACAGAGUUUCAUGAUUAUGAGGGAGGAGGACUUGGAGAAGGAGAAGGCAUGAAGGAUGUCAGCGACAAAAUAGAAAACGAAGACCAGGUGGAAGACACUAUGAAGAAAGGUGAAGACAAAGAUAAGGAAGAUCCAGACUCCAAAACUGAUGUUAAAGAGGAAGACAAUGCCAUUGAGAUGUCCGACGACUUUGAUGGAAAGAUACAUGAUGGGGAGCUGGAAAAGAAGGAGGAUGAAGAGGAUGAGAAAUCAAACAGUGAUGAAGAAGAUCUGGACAAGAAGAUGGGAGAUCUUGGUGAUGCUGAAGCUGAUAAAUUAGAUGAAAGACUGUGGGGAGAUGAUGACGAUGAUGAGGACAAUGAUGACGAAGAUGACAGUGAUAAAACUGAAGAAACUGGACCAGGAAUGGAUAUGGGUGAAUCUGAGCUUGUAGCAAAGGAUGACAAUUUAGAUGCUGGGAAUAAAAACAAAGAUGAGAAAAAGGACCAGUUCAAAGAUGAAAAACAUGAGGAGCAGUCAGACGAUGACCAAACCAAGAAAAAAAUCCAUGAGCAGCUUGAUGAGCGUGACUAUGAUGAGAAUGAAGUUGAUCCCUACCAUGGUAAGCAAGAUGCACAGCAGGAGCCAGAAGAUCUUGACCUUCCCGAUGACCUUAACCUGGAGAAAGAUGAUAAAAACAAUGAAGAGGAAGGAGAAGGAGAAGGAGAGGAAGAAGGCGAUGAAAAAAAUCCUCUUGACAUUGAAGAGAAGCCAAUGGAAAUAGAAGAUGGUGAGGACACAAAAACUAAAGAAGAGGAAGGGGCUGAUGAAGGGAAACAAGAGGAUGCGAAAGACACCACUGAACCAGAAGAAGGUGAAGCAGAGGAAAAACCAGCAGAGGAGAGUGUACAAGAAGGAGAGAACCAGGAUGAACCGGGUCAGGAUGAAAUAGGAGAAAAUACUGAAGAGGCGAGAAAUGAAGAGGAGAGCGAAGACAAGGAGGCUACGGGAGAAGAUGAAGAUAAGAAUGUGCCAGCAGAUAAUGGUCUCAUACCUCAGAGUGAAGAAAACAGCGAGCCAGACAAAGAGGAAGAAGUGCCUGACUCUUCACAGAGAAUGGAGCAUGAGACAUGCGGACAGACAGCAGAAAAUAACAUACAGAGCGAAACUGCUGCUGAGCUUGCAGGAGCUGCUUCAGAAAAGGAUCAAGCCAAAGAGGAUCAUGGAACAGGCACUGCAGAUGCCAGCCAGUCUGAGGGGCAUGAAUCCAAUUUAAUGGCAAGACUGGCAUCACAAAAGCAAAGUGUCCGGAGUACACAGAGCGUCAAGCGUAAGCCUGGUCAGGCAGAUGAUGAACGUUCCAUGGGAGAUCACAGUGACCAGGUCCAUAAGCGACUCCGGGUAAUGGAGUCCAGCACUGAUGUAACAGACAGCUCCAAGCAACCAGACCACAAAGUAGACGAUGCAGAUGCCUAUGAACAUAUCAAGCAUGGAGCAGAGUCCUAUGAUGCUCAGACAUACGAUGCAGCAAGUAAAGAUCAAGAGAAAACACAACUGCCUUCCAAUGAGGGGAUAGAUGAAGAUACCUCAUCCAAGGAUGAGGAUAUGGACCUACUCCCACAAGGUGAUGAAGAGCUUGAGGCCAUCAAUGUUGAGCAAUUAAAGCCAGAGGAAAUCACAUCCAGCUUCUCCAAAGGUCAAGGACCCAAUGAUUCUGAAUUAGAGAACCAAGGUCUGAAGACCGAAGAAAUUACAGAAACCCCAGAGGAGACCUCUGUAUACCCAGAAAAAGAGCAAUGGGAAAGAAGCACAGAGUCAACUAUUCACACAGUUCUGGAAUAUCUAAAGGAAAGAACGAUGCAGAUCCCACGUAACCAAGAUGAGCUUAGAAGAGAAUUGGAGAAGCAGUUAGAGGACUGGCACACUCAACCUGCUGGAAACAUCGAAGAGGAGAAGACCGCUGCUGAGAUGUGGCAGAGAUACCUUCUAUUAACGGGGCCACUUUCUCAGGAACUCUGUGAACAACUGAGGCUUAUUCUGGAGCCCACACAAGCUGCCAAACUAAAAGGUGACUACAGGACUGGAAAGCGUCUUAAUAUGCGCAAGGUGAUUCCAUACAUAGCCAGCCAGUUUAGAAAAGAUAAGAUAUGGCUGAGGAGGACAAAGCCCAGUAAACGUCAAUACCAAAUCUGUUUAGCCAUUGAUGACUCCUCCAGUAUGGUGGACAAUCACUCCAAGCAGCUUGCUUAUGAGUCCCUGGCUGUCAUUGGCAAUGCUUUGACACUUCUGGAAGUGGGACAAAUAGCUGUGUAUAGUUUCGGUGAAAAUGUGAAGCUUUUGCAUCCCUUCCAUGAACAAUUUAGUGACCAGUCUGGAAUGAGGAUAUUGAGUCUCUGCAAGUUCCAGCAGAAGAAGACGUUGCUUGCGCAGUUCUUGGAGUCCUCUGUUCAUAUGUUUACAGCUGCUCAACAGAUGUCCCAAAUUAGCAGUCCAGAAACUGCCCAGUUGCUUAUAAUCGUGUCUGAUGGUAGAGGAUUAUUUGUGGAGGGUAAGGACCGUGUCACGAAUGCUGUACAGGCUGUCCGUAAUGCCAAUAUCUUCACUAUUUUUAUAAUUCUGGACAAUCCUACUUCAAAGGACUCGAUCUUGGAUAUCAAGGUACCAAUUUUUGCUGAGCCUAAAGAAAUGCCAAAAAUGAUAUCCUACAUGGAUCAAUUUCCGUUCCCAUUUUACAUCAUCCUUCGAGACGUGAAUGCCCUUCCUGAAACCUUAAGUGAUGCCCUUAGGCAGUGGUUUGAAAUGGUGACUACCUCAGAGCAUUUCUAAACCACUUCCUAAUGAAUGCAUAGCAAGCUAUAUGGACUUUCACAUCACUUCAUGAGAAGGCACAGUGAGACUUUGAGGAUGCACAGCAAGGUUCUAGACUUUCAGAUGACUUUAUGUGGAGAGUAAAACAUCAGAAUUAUAAGGACACGUGGUAUUCCUGAACUGUAAUCUGUAUGUCUGAUGGCUCAGGUCAACUUCAGUUUCAUCGAUGCACCGAUACAGGAUGCUAUGCAAUGAUCAGUGACACAAUUUUACCUCUAUAUUUAAUAUGUUAUACCGACUGCUAUUAAAGGUUCAACGAUUCCCAUGUAUAACUUAUAGACCACUUUGUUAUAUCCCAGUUGUGCGACUUCUGGUAUUAUGGACAUUUUGGAUAGAUGACUCCACAUGGUUACAUAUUCUUUAGAGAUAUGGAUUGUAUUUAGUUUCAUUUUGACAAAAAAUGUUUUUUUUUUUUUUUUUUUAUUAAAACUGUCUAUAUCAUGACUUGAAAACAUUUAAAAGGUUUUUAUCAACGAGUCCAGACUAUUUUCUAGACUUGUGGUCAAAGCUGUAUUAUUAAGCAUAUUUCGUGAUAAAGUGAUAUGUCACUGUUAGCUACUGUGAAGUCAGUGUGUUUUGUACAAUGUAUCGAAGAAAUGGGGAUUAUGUGGUUAACAAAUCUACCCAUGGACAUUUUUCUCUUUUUCUCUUUAUCCUUUACCUAUGCAGCCUAAUAAAGACCAUUAAUAAUAAA